AUGGACGUUGAUGAAGACGUCGAUGUAAAACCAAAAAUCAACGAAUCUGAUGAUUGGACUACACCUGGAAAUUACCACGGAAAAUCUAUGACUGAUGAGAUUAAAACCGUUGAAGACAAAUGGCAACUUUUACCCGCAUUUCUGAAAACCAGAGGUCUCGUUAAGCAGCACAUCGACUCAUUCAACCACUUUGUUGAUGUUGAAUUGAAGAAUAUCAUUAAAGCAAAUGAGAAAGUUACAAGCGACGUUGAUCCAAAGUUUUAUCUCAAAUACACCGAUAUCCACGUAGGAAGCCCUGAAAGACAAGACGCUGAUUCUGUAGACAAAUCUAUCACUCCCCAUGAAGCUAGACUUAGAGAUAUGACUUACAGCGCCCCAAUCAGAAUCAGCGUCGAGUACACAAGAGGCAAGCAGAUCGUAAGAAGGAGAGGUAUCCCCAUUGGUAGACUACCCGUUAUGCUUAGAAGUAACAAAUGUAUCCUCACCGGUAAAGACGAAGAAACGCUAGCUCGUUAUCGCGAAUGUCCACUCGAUCCUGGCGGUUACUUCGUCGUUAAAGGUACUGAAAAGGUCAUUCUUGUUCAAGAGCAACUUUCAAAGAAUCGCAUGAUUAUUGAAACUGACUCAAAGAAGAACGUUCAAGCUUCUGUUACCAGUUCUACUCACGAACGUAAAUCCAAAUCCUACGUCGCUACAAAGAAUGGCAAAAUCUAUCUCCGUCACAAUUCCAUUGCUGACGAUGUCCCUAUUGUCGUCGCUCUCAAAGCCAUGGGUGUCACUUCAGAUAGAGAAAUUUUGCAGUUAGUAGCUGGUCACGAUGAUGAAUACAAGGAGGUGUUCUAUAUUAACAUUGAAGAGACUCUUAAGAUGGGCGUUCACACUGAAUUGCAAGCACUUGAAUGGAUUGGCGCUAGGAGCAAAUCAGCUAGACGGGCUGGUCCAGCUCAUCAAAAGCGUCCUGUUUGGGAAGACGCUAUUGAAACACUUGCUUCUAUAGUCUUGGCACACGUCCCCGUCGAAAAUCUCAACUUCCGCCCUAAAGCUAUCUAUGUCGCCGUUAUGGUCAGGAGAGUGCUCAUGGCCAUGGUUGACGAGAAGAUGCUUGACGAUCGUGACUACGUUGGUAAUAAACGUCUUGAAUUGGCUGGUCAGCUCCUCUCACUUUUGUUCGAAGACUUGUUCAAGAAAUUCAACCACGAUCUUAAACUCAACAUCGACAAGGUCCUCAAAAAGCCAAACCGGACUACAGAAUUCGACGCUUAUACUCAACUUCUGUACGGUGGUGAUCACAUUACAUCUGGUUUUGUCAGAGCUAUCUCAACUGGUAAUUGGUCCCUCAAACGUUUCAAGAUGGAGAGAGCAGGUGUGACACACGUCCUCAGUAGACUCAGUUACAUCUCCGCACUUGGUAUGAUGACCAGAAUAUCUUCCCAAUUCGAAAAAACGAGAAAGGUCUCUGGUCCUCGUGCACUGCAACCUUCUCAGUGGGGUAUGCUCUGUCCAUCGGAUACACCUGAAGGUGAGGCAUGUGGUCUGGUCAAGAACUUGGCACUCAUGACCCACAUCACCACUGAUGUCGAGGAGGAGCCUAUAACCAAAAUAUGCUACAUGCUCGGAGUGGAAGAUGUCGCUCUUCUCACUGGUACAGAGCUCUACAGAAGAGACACUUACAUCGUAUCCCUGAAUGGUAAUCUGAUUGGUGUGACGAGACUGCCAACCAGAUUCGUCUCUACUUUUAGAAAAUUGCGUCGCAAUGGCUAUAUCAAUGAGUUUGUCUCCGUCUACAUCAACCACCACCACAAUUCUGUCAACAUCUCCUCAGAUGGUGGUCGUAUCUGUAGACCGAUGAUUGUAGUUGAGAACGGUUAUUCCAAAGUUACCUCCGAGCAUAUAAAGGCACUUAAAGAAGGGAAGGUUGACUUUGAUGCCUUCUUGACACAGGGUCUGGUCGAGUACCUUGAUGUCAACGAAGAGAACGAUGCGUAUAUUGCGAUUAAUGAGAAUGAGAUGACAAAUGCUUCAACUCAUUUGGAGAUUGAACCAUUCACUCUUCUUGGUGCCUGUGCUGGUCUUAUACCUUACCCUCAUCACAACCAAUCACCUAGAAACACUUACCAAUGUGCUAUGGGUAAACAAGCUAUUGGUGCCAUCGCAUAUAACCAGCUAAAUCGUAUCGAUACGCUUCUCUAUUUGAUGGUAUAUCCCCAGCAACCGAUGGUGAAGACAAAGACUAUCGAGUUGAUUGGGUAUGACAAGUUGCCAGCUGGACAAAAUGCCAUGGUUGCAGUCAUGUCAUACUCUGGUUACGAUAUUGAAGAUGCUUUGAUCUUGAAUAAGGCCUCACUUGAUCGUGGUUUCGGUCGUUGUCAGGUUAUGAGGAAGUACUCUACGAUGAUCCGCAAGUAUCCAAACGGCACGCACGACCGUCUGGCCGAUGCACCAAUCGGACCUGAUGGUAUCAUCCCAAAGAAGUUCCAAGCGCUAGAACCAGAUGGUAUAUCAGGGGCUGGUGAACGUGUGGACACGAACGAUGUCAUCGUCAACAAGCAGUCGCCGUCAAAUGCACUCGACAACUCAAUCAACCCCGGCCAAGCUGAUACCUCAACGACAUACAAGAACGCACCAAUGUCAUACAAAUCCCCUGUACCUGGCUACGUAGACCAAGUGCUUAUCACUGACACAGAAAGCGAUCAAACGCUUGUCAAAGCUUUGCUCCGACAAACGCGUCGUCCGGAGCUGGGUGACAAGUUCUCAUCGCGUCACGGUCAAAAGGGUGUUUGUGGUCUUAUCGUUCCUCAGGCAGACAUGCCAUUCAACGAUCGCGGGAUCUCCCCCGAUGUUAUUAUGAAUCCACACGGUUUCCCAUCACGUAUGACAGUCGGUAAAAUGAUCGAGCUGUUGUCUGGAAAAGCGGGUGUUAUUCGAGGUACGUUGGAAUAUGGUACUGCGUUUGGUGGAUCGAAAGUAGACGAUAUGUCACAAGUUCUUAUCGAUAAUGGAUACUCAUAUGCGGGCAAAGAGACCAUGACUAGUGGUAUUACGGGUGAAUGUCACACUUUCUACACUUACCUAGGUCCUAUCUACUACCAGAAGCUGAAACACAUGGUCCUCGAUAAGAUGCAUGCUAGAGCUCGUGGUCCACGUGCAGUCCUCACACGCCAGCCGACUGAAGGUCGUUCCCGGGAUGGUGGUCUUCGUUUAGGUGAGAUGGAGCGUGAUGCGUUGCUUGGUUAUGGUGCUGCUCAUCUUGUCAGAGAGCGUCUCAUGCUGUCAUCUGAUCUGUUCCAUGUGGACGUCUGCAACGACUGCGGUACAAUGGGCUAUAAUGGAUUCUGCCCUAUGUGCAAGAGCCAAAAGAACAUCUCCAACAUUCAGAUCCCAUAUGCUGCCAAAUUGCUGUUCCAGGAAUUGCUAGCUAUGAAUAUUUAUCCGAAGAUCAGUCUCGAGGAGACUGUGUAG